UUGUAAUUCAUCCUACAAGGCACAUCAGAAAACAAGUAAAGAUCAACCAGAGGCUUACAGAGAACCAAGCAAUUUGCAGUUCGUAAAAAUUUAAAAAUGAAGAACCAGAUUCCAGGACAAGUUAUUGGAAUUCCGAUCAGCUCAACAGUAUAUCCAGCUGAGAUGCCUCGGGAAGGAUCUUUAUGUAUCGCUUGCAAUCAAUAUUAUGCAUCUCCAAAAUUUAGACAGAGCACGAUAGAGUUAAUGAAGGAUGGGAUAAACAAACUUGGUAUGAAAGUGGAGAAUUUUGCUCAAGGCAUUCGGGAUCAUGUGAAAAUUGGACCUAAGUUGAGUGAAACAGUGAGGGGAAAGUUAAGGUUGGGAGCUAAAAUUCUCCGAGUAGGGGGUGUCAGGAAAGUGUUCAAACAAAACUUCAGUAUCAGAUCAGGAGAAAAGCUAUUGAAGGCUUCACAAUGCUAUUUAUCUACAACUGCUGGUCCAAUAGCCGGAUUACUAUUUAUCUCAACCGAUAGAAUUGCAUUCUGCAGUGAAAGAUCAAUCAAGGUCUCUACUUCAACAGGGGAUUUAAUUCGGAUUCAUUACAAGGUUUCAGUUCCGUUGAACAAGAUAAAAAGAGCAAACGAAAGUGAAAAUGUCCAAGAUCCAUCAAGAAAGUAUAUAGAUAUAGUUACAGAGGAUGACUAUGAGUUUUGGUUCAUGGGAUUUCUUAACCAUCAGAGAACUUACAAGUUUCUUCAGCUAGCAGUGUAUGAAUCUCAAUGACCACGACACGAACGUUCAUUCUUCCCAUGUUUCUAUAAGAUCUCAUUGUUUAUAGAGAGAUUACAAGCCAUUAUAUUAUAUUAAUUGUAUUCAAAAGAUUCAGUUCCGAUUCCAUUGUGUGAGCAUUUUAAAUCCUUAUUUUAUCACUGAAUACAUCUACUCUUAAUUAA